AUGCAAAUGAGUGGGCGAAACGUAAAUGUAAACUCAGUUUUCUACGCGGAGGCGUAUCAUCCGGUUCAAGCGGGAAGCAUAGACGGCACAGACAUUCUCCCUCACGACAACGCUGUCUACAGAGCCUUCCUUUGCUCCUCCGCUGGCCUCUAUGACCCCUUGGGCGAUCCCAAGCUCAUCGGCGAUCCUUAUUGCACCCUCUUCGUCGGUCACCUCUCUCACCUCACCACCGAACAAUCUCUUCGCAAGGCUUUGAGCAAGUAUGGUCGAGUGAAGGACUUGCGCUUGGUCAGGCACAUUGUAACUGGUGCCUCACGCGGCUAUGCGUUUGUUGAAUAUGAAACCGAAAGGGAGAUGCAGCGUGCAUAUAAGGAAGCCCACCAUUCCUUUAUUGAUGAUUCUGAAGUUAUAGUUGAUUACAACAGACAGCAGUUGAUGCCAGGUUGGAUUCCAAGAAGAUUAGGAGGGGGUCUUGGUGGUAAGAAGGAAUCUGGACAACUUCGUUUCGGAGGACGUGAAAGACCAUUUCGAGCUCCCCUGCGUUCAAUCCCAUAUGAUGAUUUAGAGAGACUUGGGAUCCCACCUCCUCCAGAAGGAAGAUACAUGUCACGCUAUCAGCAUAUAGUAGCAACUGCUCAAAGCAGUCUAGAUAAUUUAGUUUUGGAGCAUUACCAGAUCUCUACUCCGAAACUUCUGUCACAGUCUUUGUUUCUUAUCUAUGUUUGUAGGUCCCAUCCCCACCCAGAAGGAAAAGGAGCUCUGUGGAUAGGGAGGAAGGUAUUCAUAAAAGGUCCAUGGAGAGGGGAGCGAACAUGCGCAAAAGCAGUCCUGUGGAGAAGGAAGAAAGGUCUCACAAAAGACCUAUGGACCCAGAGGACCAUUCAUUCAAAAGGAGCUCUGUUGAGACAGAACACCAUCGCAACAGGAGCACUGUUGACAGAGCAGAGCGCUCUCACAAGAGGACCUCGAGGGAUAGGGAUGAUCGUUCUCACAAGCGGCACAAGUCCCAUCGCCAUGAGAGAUCCACUAGCCAUGAUCACUAUUAAGAUUUGCAAUUGGGAAAGGCACCAAGGAGUUAUAGAAAGACCCACUAAGGAGAGGAGUCACUACUAG